CGUGCGUGUGAGUGUGCGCGUGUGUGCCUGUCACCGGAAGUCUAUUUAAUUUGUGACUACGUGGAAGAUUCUGCUAGCAUCCCGUCGUCGAACGUCUGCUGAGCGUCAGCCAAUUUCGACACGAUGAUUAAAAAGUUUGACAAAAAAGACGAAGAGUCUGGAAGUGGCUCUAACCCAUUCCAGCAUCUGGAGAAGAGCUCCGUGUUGCAAGAGGCCCGCAUCUUUAACGAGACACCUAUCAACCCGCGAAGAUGCCUGCACAUUCUCACCAAGAUUAUUUACCUGCUCAACCAGGGGGAACAUUUCGGGACCACCGAAGCCACCGAGGCGUUCUUCGCCAUGACCAGGCUCUUUCAGUCCAAUGACCAAACCCUGAGGAGGAUGUGCUACUUGACCAUCAAGGAGAUGGCCAACAUCUCUGAGGACGUUAUUAUUGUCACCAGCAGCCUGACCAAAGACAUGACUGGCAAGGAUGACGUGUACAGAGGACCAGCGAUCAGAGCCCUCUGCAGGAUCACUGACACCACCAUGCUGCAAGCCAUCGAGAGAUACAUGAAGCAGGCCAUCGUCGACAAGGUGCCGAGCGUGUCCAGCUCAGCUUUGGUCUCGUCACUGCACAUGGUGAAGAUGAGCUACGAUGUGGUGAAACGUUGGGUAAACGAAGCCCAGGAGGCAGCUUCGAGUGAUAACAUCAUGGUUCAGUACCAUGCUCUGGGCCUCUUGUACCACCUGAGGAAGAAUGACCGGCUGGCCGUCACCAAGAUGCUCAACAAGUUCACAAAGUCGGGCCUCAAGUCGCCGUUCGCCUACUGCAUGCUCAUCCGCAUCGCCAGCAAACUCCUGGAUGAGACGGAAGGAGGUCACGAUAGCCCCUUGUUUGACUUCAUUGAGAGCUGCCUGAGGAACAAGAACGAGAUGGUUGUGUACGAGGCCGCCUCGGCCAUUGUGCACAUGCCCAAUUGCACAGCCAGGGAGCUGGCCCCAGCCGUGUCUGUGCUGCAGCUCUUCUGCAGUUCUCCCAAAGCUGCACUGAGAUACGCAGCAGUCAGGACCCUCAAUAAGGUGGCGAUGAAGCACCCCUCGGCCGUGACAGCGUGCAACUUGGACCUGGAGAACCUCAUCACAGAUUCCAACCGGAGCAUCGCCACACUGGCCAUCACCACGCUGCUGAAGACUGGCAGUGAGAGCAGCGUGGACCGUCUCAUGAAGCAGAUCUCGUCUUUCGUCUCAGAGAUCUCGGACGAGUUCAAGGUGGUGGUGGUGCAAGCCAUCAGUGCUCUGUGUCAGAAGUACCCCAGAAAGCACAGUGUCAUGAUGAACUUCUUGUCCAACAUGCUGAGAGAUGACGGUGGCUUUGAGUACAAGCGCGCCAUUGUGGACUGCAUCAUCGGCAUCAUUGAGGAGAACCCCGAGAGCAAAGAGACAGGCCUGGCACAUCUGUGCGAGUUCAUCGAGGACUGCGAGCACACGGUGCUGGCCACCAAGAUCUUGCACCUGCUGGGCAAAGAGGGCCCACGCACCCCGCAGCCGUCCAAGUACAUCCGCUUCAUCUUCAACAGGGUGGUGCUGGAGAGUGAAGCCGUGAGAGCCGCUGCGGUUAGCGCUUUGGCCAAAUUCGGAGCUCAGAAUGAUGAUUUGCUGCCAAGUGUCCUGGUUCUAAUGCAGAGGUGCAUGAUGGACAGCGAUGACGAAGUGCGCGACAGGGCCACAUUCUACAUGAACGUGCUGCAGCAGAAGCAGAAGGCACUUAACGCUGCCUACAUUUUCAAUGGCUUGUCAGUGUCCAUUCCCGGUCUGGAGAAGUCACUGCACCAAUACACGCUGGAUCCUUCGGAGAAGCCGUUUGACAUGAAGACUGUUCCUCUAGCUACCACACCUAUCACAGAACAUAAAACAGAAAUCACUCCAGUGUCGACGAGCAAGUUACCGGAGAAGUUGACCCCAUCACGCCAGGAUAUUUAUCAAGAACAACUGGCAGCCAUCCCAGAGUUCCAGGGUCUCGGCCCGCUUUUCAAGUCAGCCGAGCAGGUGCAGCUGACUGAAGCAGAGACGGAAUAUGUGGUGCGCUGCAUCAAACACACCUUUUCCAAGCACAUGGUCUUCCAGUUCGACUGCACCAACACGCUAAACGACCAACUUCUACAGAAGGUUCUUGUGCAAAUGGAGCCUUCAGAGUCCUACGAGGUGCUUCACUACGUUCCCGCCGCCAGCCUCGCGUACAGCCAGCCAGGCUCCUGCUACACGCUAGUGCGCCUGCCCGAUGACGACCCGACAGCAGUUUCGUGUACGUUCAGCUGCACAAUGAAGUACCUGGUCCGAGACUGCGACCCAAACACGGGAGAGCCCGACGACGACGGCUACGAUGACGAGUAUGUGCUGGAGGACCUGGAAGUGACCGUGGCGGACCACAUCCAGAAGGUGCUGAAGCCAAACUUUGGAGCAGCCUGGGAAGAAGUGGGAGAUGAGUUUGAGAAGGAGGAGACGUUCGCUCUAGCGUCCGUGCGCACGCUCGACGAGGCGGUGAAGAACAUUGUCAACUUCCUGGGCAUGCAGCCAUGCGAGCGCUCGGACAAAGUACCGGAAAACAAAAAUUCGCACGUCCUCUUCCUUGCCGGUGUUUUCCGGGGCGGUCACGACACGCUUGUCCGUGCUCGCCUUGCACUGGCAGACGGCGUCACCAUGCAGGUGACGGUCCGCAGCGACGAAGAAACAGUCGUUGACGUCAUCCUGGCGUCUGUGGGCUGAAGUGCAAUCUUUCAUCGUUAAAUGUAAAAUCUGCUACUUAAUUAAUCUGGAGGAGAAAUAAACUGCAUCUACGACAAA